UGUCUACUAAUUAGAGACAGCCGACGAUCAUUGUUUAGCACAGCAAUAUGCCUAAGCUUUUCCCCGUUCGUCGUCCUUUAAAACUAGUUUCUGCUACUUCUUUAAAAUCCUUCAAUUCAACUCCAUUUCUACACAAAGAAGAACAAAUCACUACUACUACUAUUACAACCAAUGAAAAUCUCACAAAUUCCUCAUCCCAAAACCUCGAAGAACAACUUCGUAAACUCCGAAUUUUACUCCAACAACAUCGUACUGAAACUGCAAAGCAAUUCUUGGGUACCCUUAUUCAAAAGAACUCAGUUUCACAACUCUAUACUCUUUUUUCACCUUCCCCUACAAAAUCCAUUUUUUCUAACUUGUUAUUAUCACUUUAUUCAGAGUCAAAACUUAUCAAUGAAGCUAAAGAACUUUACUUUAUGAUAAGGAAUGAUAAAAAGUUUCCAUCUUUAUCAGCUUUUAAUGUGUUUCUUGAAUCUUUGAAUAGUUUGAGAAAUUACAAAGUGACCCUUGAAGUAUUUGAUGAUGUAGUGAGUUGGGGUAUAAGAGUUGAUAGGUUUAGUUAUGGUAAAGCUAUACAAUCAGCUGUGAAAAUUGGGGAUUUAGGUAAAGCUUUGGAGUUGUUGAAUUGUAUGAGAAAGGAUAAGUUGAGUUUAAAUGAGUUUGUGUAUAAUGUAGUGAUGGGUGGGUUGUGUAAAGAGAGGAGAGUUGGGGAAGCGCGGAAACUGUUUGAUGAAAUGCUUGAGAGAAAAGUGGCGCCGAGUAAGGUGACUUAUAAUAUUCUAAUGGAUGGGUAUUGUAAAACGGGGAAGUUGGAAGAGGCUUUUAAGUUGAGAGAAAAGAUGAAGAGUGAUAAUGUGGAGCCGAAUAUUGUGACGUUUAAUACAUUGCUUAGUGGACUUUGUAAGUUGGGGAAGAUGGAGGAGGCUAAUUGUGUUGUGGAGGAAAUGAAGGGUUAUGGGUUUGUACCUGAUGGGUUUACUUAUAGUAUACUUUUCGAUGGGCAUUCACGACGUGAUGAUGUUAGUUCUUCGUUGGCAUUGUAUGAUGAAGCGGUUAAAAAAGGAGUGCAGAUGAAUGAGUACACGACUAGCGUUUUGUUGAAUGGCUUGUGCAAGAAAGGGAAGACGGAUAAGGCUGCAGAGAUCUUGAAAAAGUUGAUGGAAAAUGGGCUUACUCCUACUGAGGUGUUGUUUAAUACCAUUUUAAGUGGCUAUUGCAAAGAAGGCUGUAUGGAGAAGGCUUAUUCAACUAUUGACGAAAUGGAAAUUUCCGGGGUAAAGCCAAGCUGCGUCACAUUUAAUACUCUGAUCACGAAAUUUUGUGAAUUGGGUAUGAUGGAAGAGGCAAAAGAAUGGUUAAGGAAAAUGCUUGAGAAGCCAGUUCCCCCUAACGUGCAAACAUAUAACAUCUUAAUUGAUGGAUUCGGGCGCAAGCGGGAAUUCACGAGGUGUUUUGAGAUUCUUGAGGAGAUGGAAGAUAACGGAUUGAAGCCUAAUGUAAUUACAUAUGGUUCACUAAUCAAUUCUUUGUGCAAGGAUGGUAGGCUUCUUGAAGCUGAUGUAGUCCUAAAUGAUAUGAUCAGUAGAGGGGUUAAACCAAAUGCACAUAUCUAUAAUAUGCUUAUAGAUGGACAUUGUAUGAGAGGAAAAAUGAGUAAUGCUUUUGAAUGUUUCGAGAAGAUGGUAGAAAGUGAUAUAGAAACAACACUGGUUACAUACAAUACUCUAUUAAAUGGGCUGUGCAAAAAGGGUAUGAUCAAAGAAGCCGAGGAUUUGGUUGUGCAUAUUCUACUCAAGGGUUUAAAUCCAGAUGUUAUCACGUACAAUUCUUUAAUGUCUGCGUAUUCAGAUGCAGGGGACACUGGAAAGUGUUUCCAAAUGUAUGAGAAAAUGAAAACCUCUGGCAUAAAACCUACUAUGAACACAAUUCAUCCUCUAAUUAGAGUGUGCAAAAAGGAAAAGAAUGAACUGGUGCUAAUCGACAAAAUUGUUCAAGAAAUGGCCGAGAUGGAUCUUUCUCCGGACCGAGUGGUAUAUAAUGAGCUCAUCCAUUGCUAUGCGCUGCAUGGAGAGGUUCAGAAGGCACUUUCCAUGCACGUAGAGAUGGUGGAACGAGGAAUUCCUUCUGACAAGAAGGCGUACAAUAGCUUGGUUAUGGUGCAUUUGAAAGAGGGAAAAUGUGAAGAAGCCAAGAAUCUUGUCGAUCAGAUGAAGGCUAACAAUAUUGUUCCCAAUGAUGAAACUUAUAAUAUUCUGAUUGAAGGGCAUUGCAAACUUAAAGAUUUUCUUGGUGCAUACAUGUGCUACAGAGAGAUGCUUGACAAUGGUCUUCUCCCGGUAGCCAAUAUCUGUAAUGAGCUAGUAUCUGGCCUUAGAGAGGAAGGAAGAUUGCAAGAGGCACAAAUUAUAUGCUCAGAAAUGAGUUCUAAAGGAAUUGAAGAGUGCAAUACAAAUGAGGAUCUUUCUGCUGUUGGGAGAGCGUAGG